GUUACGUUGCGGGCAACGGCCAGGGCAGUGAAGCGGCAGUCAGUGUUGGUGCCGGAGGCUUCCGCGUUCACUGUUAGGGCUGGUGCGCCGCGUCAGGACGAAGGGCGGCUUCUGUCAGGCUCCGUCCGUUACGGUGGGGAGGGGAGAGCGGGGCAUGAAGCUGUGAGGGGCCGCGAGCCGAAGGGAGCGGGGAAGGAGAGCGGCCGCAGGCAGGCGAGAGGAAGAGGAGGAGGAGGCGCGGAGCGAUGUCUCAGCCGCCUCAGCAACAUCCGCCUCAGCAGGAGCAGCAGCCGGUGGCCGCGCCGGUCUCGAAGAAGAGGGACCGGAGGAUCUUCUCGGGGACUUGCCCGGAUCCCAAGUGCCAGGCGCGGCUGUUCUUCCCGGCGCACGGGCCUCUGAGCAGCGGGAGCAUCGAGUGCACGGACUGCGGGCAGCGCCAUGAGCAGCGGCAACUGCUGGCGGUGGAGGAGGUGACGGACCCGGACUUGGUGCUGCACAACUUGCUGCGGAACGCGCUGCUGGGGGUGAGCGGGGCGGGGCCCCCCAGGAAGAACACCGAGUUGGUGAAAGUCAUGGGCCUGUCCAACUACCACUGCAAGCUGCUGUCUCCCAUCUUGGCCCGCUAUGGCAUGGACAAGCAGACGGGCAAGGCCAAGCUCCUGACCGAGAUGAACCAGGGGGAUAUCUUUGACUGCGCUCUUCUGGGCGACCGUGCCUUCCUCAUUGAGCCUGAGCAUGUCGACACGGUAGGGUAUGGCAAAGACCGCUCCGGCAGCCUUCUCUACUUGCACGACACCUUGGAGGAUAUCAAGAAGGCCAACAACAGCCAGGAGUGCCUCAUCCCGGUCCACGUGGAUGGGGAUGGCCAUUGCUUGGUGCACGCAAUCUCCCGGGCGCUGGUGGGCAGGGAGCUGUUCUGGCACGCUUUGCGGGAGAAUCUCAAGAAGCACUUUAGGGAGAAUCUCAGCCGCUACAAAGCUCUCUUUCAUGACUUCAUUGAUGCGGCAGAAUGGGAAGACAUCAUAAACGAAUGUGAUCCUUUGUUUGUUCCCCCAGAGGGUGUACCAAUGGGCCUUCGAAACAUCCACAUAUUUGGAUUGGCCAAUGUGCUGCACCGGCCCAUCAUCCUCUUGGAUUCCCUGAGCGGAAUGCGUAGUUCAGGAGACUACUCUGCCACUUUUCUACCUGGAUUGAUACCAGAAGAAAAAUGCAUGGGAAAAGAUGGCAUGUUGAACAAACCUCUCUGUAUUGCCUGGAGUAGUUCUGGCCGUAACCAUUAUAUUCCUCUGGUUGGGAUAAAAGGUGCUGCUUUGCCUCAAUUGCCUAUGAAAUUACUUCCUAAAGCUUGGGGAGUACCUCAGGACCUUAUUAAAAAAUACAUCAAAUUGGAAGAUGAUGGUAGUUGUGUGAUUGGGGGUGACAGAAGUUUGCAAGACAAAUAUUUGAUGAGGUUGGUUGCUGCCAUGGAAGAGGUUUUCAUGGAUAAGCAUGGCAUUCAUCCCAGUUUAGUAGCUGAUGUACAUCAGUAUUUCUAUAGAAGGACUGGUGUGAUAGGAGUUCAGCCUGAAGAUGUCACAGCAGCUGCUAAAAAGGCAGUGGUGGACAACCGCCUUCACAAGUGUCUCAUUUGUGGUGCCCUUUCAGAACUUCAUGUUGCUCCUGAGUGGUUGGCUCCCGGAGGGAAACUGUAUAAUUUGGCAAAAAGUACCCAUGGCCAGCUAAGGCCUGAUAAAAAUUAUAGUUUCCCUCUUAACAAUUUGGUAUGUGCCUAUAAUCCAGUUAAGGAUGUACUUGUACCUGAUUAUAACUUGAGUAAUUUGACUGUCUGUAACUGGUGCCAUGGAACAUUGGUGCGUCGUGUCAGAAAUGAUGGUUCUGUUGUGUAUUUGGAUGGGGACAGAACUAAUACCAGAUCGACAGGUGGUAAAUGUGGUUGUGGAUUCAAGCAUUAUUGGGAAGAUAAGGAGUAUGACAAUCUCCCUGAAGCUUUCCCAAUUACUCUAGAGUGGGGUGGGAGAGUGGUGAGAGAGACGGUAUACUGGUUUCAGUAUGAAAGUGAUCCUUCUCUAAACAGCAAUGUGUAUGAUGUUGCAAUGAAACUUGUUACCAAGCAUUUUCCUGGAGAAUUUGGCAGUGAGAUUCUUGUCCAGAAAGUUGUCAAUACCAUUCUACAUCAAACAGCCAAAAAGAACCCUGAUGAUUAUACGCCUGUCAACAUUGAUGGGGCUCAUGCCCGAAGAGUUGAUGAUGUGCAGCAAGGACAAGACUUGGAAUCUCAACUUCCAACCAAAAUAAUUCUUACUGGUCAGAAAACAAAAACAUUGCACAGGGAAGAGCUAAAUAUGAGUAAAACUGAAAGAACUAUUCAGCAAAACAUUGCAGAACAGGCACCUAUAAUGCAGAAACGCAAAACAGAAAAAUUGAAACAAGCACAAAAAGUGCCACCUAGAACAUCUUCCCCAGGUGCUGUUCCUGAUGGGCCAUCUUCUGCACCUGCUACACCUACAAAGACUCCUUAUUCCCCAACAUCUACAAAAGAGAAGAAAAUACGCAUAACAACAAAUGAUGGGCGGCAGGCCAUGCUCACUUUGAAAUCCACAACCACAUUUCUAGAACUGCAAGAAAGCAUCGCUAGAGAAUUUAAUAUUCCUCCCCAUUUGCAAUGUAUUCGAGUUGGCUUUCCUCCCAAAGAGCUUUUGCCACCCAAAGAAGGGCAGGAAAAUGAACCUGUUCCUCUACUGCAUGGUGACAGAGUAACUAUAGAGAUUCUCAAAGGCAAGGAGGAGAGCAGUCUGACCGCUUCAGUUCACUCGGCCCAUGCUGUGAAACUCGAUGAUGUUGCUGUUACUAGUAAAAUUGCUUCCAAGGAAAUCCAAGAACAAAUCGACAAGGAAAUGUACUCUCUGUGUCUUCUAGCAACAUUUAUGGGUAAGGAAAACACUUUUUUUCACUUUUCAAAGAGUAGAGAUAUGUCUAACUCUGAAUUUUAUAAAGCUAGAAAUCCAUACAUGAUCUGACCAACUAUUAGAUAAAUACAAGUUGGUGUCAUAAUUCAUAGAAAGGAUCCCAAGGGUCAUCUAGCCCAACCCCCUGCAAUGCAGGAAUCUUAACACACGGUCAGUCCUCUAAUUUGAAACCAUACCAAACACUGCUAAGCUUUGGAAAUGUGUUAGUAGUUUUAUUGCUGCACAACUGUUCCUCCUUUUGAAAAUAAUGAAACUACUUUUUUAAAAAAAGUACCUGUAACUACUGUUUCAGCCAGGGGUGAGAACUUGUGGCCCUUUAGACUUGCCUCUGCCAACGUGGCCAGUGAUGGGAAUGAUAGUUCAGCAACAUUUAGAAAACAGCAGUUUCCCCAACCUUUGUUUUAGGGGUAUUUGAAAGCCACUUUUCUCCUCUCCCAGCUUUAUCUUAUGUCUUCAUUUGUGUAAUGUUGUGCUCUGAUAAAUGGACUUUUCUCAGUAUUCCUAAUUUUUCCUCAUUAAGAAAUUUAUUAUUCUAGUAACUAGCUAGAGUUUUUUUGUGUCUGGAUUCUUAUUUGAUUCCUCAUUUGCUUACUUUGCUAUAAAUACUAUACUUAAAGCAUAUAUAUGAAGCUGUGAAAUAUUUACUGCAACACCUCAUCUUACUUACUGUCUUAAUUUAAAGCUUAACAGGGUUUCGGUGAAGUAAAACAAACUUAAAAGCCGAACUGCUUGUCCAGAGAGUAUAUAUAAUACAGUGGUGCCCCGCAAGACGAAUGCCUCACAAGACGGAAAACCCGCUAGACGAAAGGGUUUUAUGUUUUCAAUGCGCUUCGCAGGACGAAUUUCCCUAUGGGCUUGCUUCGCAAGACGAAAAUAUCUUGCGAGUCUUGAGAUUUUUUCCGCUCCCCCCCCCCCUUUUCUAAGCCGCUAAGCCUUUAAUAGCCUUUUAGCAGCUAAGCCGCUAAGCCUUUAAUAGCCGCUAAACCGCUAAUAGCGCUAAGCCACUAAUAGGGUUGCUUCGCAAGACGAAAAAACCGUAGACGAAGAUACUCGCGGAACGGAUUAAUUUCGUCUUGCGAGGCACCACUGUAUAUGUAUUUCUGCUACUCAGCUAGAUCUAUGGAAGGUUAUAUUUUAAGAAACCUUUUAAACCAAAUUAAUUGGCAGUGUUGCAAAUAAAAUCAACGUAUUGCAGUCUUUGCCAUUCACUUGCAGGGUGCAUGACAUCAAAAGUAUUGCUUGGUUUCCAACCAGCUGAGGCAUUUUUUUAAAAAGCUCCCCCCCCCCCCCAUAUAAAACCCUUGUGAUAAUUGCAGAAUGGUGUAACAUUUGCACAAUGUCAUGAAUGUUUUUGGCACUCGCAGUUGCAUUAUCUGUGCUGCUUUGAAAAUUAGGCUUGUGUGUUAAGGCACUAAAAAUAAAAUGAUGGAAAUGACUGUUCAAAAGAAAAUGGAAGUUUCUGUGUGUAAUUUUAUGAACCGAAAGCUUAAUAGUGAAUUAUUGAAAACGAAACUGAGUAGAUACUAUGAAACAAAAGUGAAACUGGCAACUUUACUUUUUUUAACUGAGAACAAACCUUAUGAAGUGUUGUGGUCAUAUGACUUUUGUUAUUCAGAGAAAAAUAUCUCUUCAGCUGUAACCAUUUCUUAGCAACCACGUCUUUCCUAGUAGGGUAGUUCUUGUUCUCAUCUGAGUAUGAAGUAUAAAGGUAGUAUCCAAAAGAGAUUGUGGCUGCAUGCAUGUCAGGAAACCUUUUAAGAAAAGAAUACAGUGGUACCUCGGUUUAAGAACUGUCCUGUUUACGAAUGACUCGGUUUACGAACUCCGAAAACUGGAAGUAGUGUCCUGGUUUGUGAACUUUACCUCAGUCUAAGAACGGAAUCCAAACGGUGGAAGGACACUGGCAGCGGGAGGCCUCAUUAGGGAAAGCACGCCUCCGUUUAAGAACGGUUUGAGUUUAAGAAUGGACUUCCGGAACUGUUUAAGUUCAUAAACCGAGGUACCACUGUAUUUAGGACCGGGGGGUGGGGGGGGGGUGGGAGUCUGAAACAAAACUGUGGGUUACCUCAUGUUCAUGCAAGGGGGCUGGUUGGGAGGAAACAUUGCAUGGCAGAAAGGAGAUGGGAGGGUAGGUGUUUUAGGAUUAAACAAGACAAGCACACAUACUGCGUAAAGAGUAGUCAGGGUGAAGCUUGAACCUUUGUAGCAAUUGCCUAUGAUUUCUAUGGGAGAACUCUCUCAUACUUGGAGGACUGUAACCUUCUUCAAACAAGCAUGAAUUGUUGUUAUGAAAAAAUGCUCGCUUGACCCUUGGGACUGCAUUCUUCAACUCCCCUCCCUCUGCAUGCAAAGAGGAGAUUAAAAGUUUUCCCUUUUGAAUUAACAACAGUUCUUCAUAGUGUCCAAACAGAACAAGUCAUGGUUCUCUGUCUGUGAUUGGCUAAAACAAAUAGGAUAUCAAACCACUUCUUAAAAUCCUGGUUUAUUAACUGCCACAGUUAGAACAAGCCCCGGUUCCGAGAGUUAAGUAAAUGUAGCUUGAGUUUUCCAUUAAGAUAUAUUGGCAGAGUACUAUUCUCUUUCAUUGAUGCUUAAAAUCAAGGUUGUCUUGUAUUCCUCCAAGUACCCAGGUACUCCUAUACGUUCAGUAAAAUGUGUGUAGCUAAAUGCUGUGUUGCUAAUACUUUGUCAUGUGUGAAAUGGCCCUUAGGUUCCCAGGGAAACUAAAAGAGUGACUCCCAGUGAGAUGUGAUGACCGGGGAAGGGAGGCGGGAACCAGGGGAAGAGUCUACCCCCCCCUUCUUUCUCUGGACCUUCAUAUCUCUAGCGUGCUUUCCAUUUGCCUUCAUUGUAAUAUUGCAAGUGGGACCUGAAAACUUUUAUCUUUAAAUAAAAUUUUGUAUGUCUUCACAUGUUACAGUAUAGCUGAAGUAACACUAUCCUGACUCCUCUAGAAGAUGGUAGAACUCAACUGCGGUCUUGAUAUUUUGGUUAUGCUAGAAUGUGAUAGAAAGUUGGAGGACUUUAGUGACAUGCUGGGAACAGGCAUUUGUAUUUAUAUAUAAAUGAAGGUAAUAUUUUUCCACCAAUUAUAAUUAUGCUAGUUAACUAACCCUUUUUUCCCUGUUCCACAGGAGAAGAUGUCUGGUCUUAUGCAAAAGGACUUCCUCACUUGUUCCAUCAGGGUGGUGUGUUCUACAAUAUAAUGAAGAAAACAAUGGGUAUAAUUUCUAACUAUGUGCUUGUGUAUAUCAUGGUUUUUAAGAGAAAAUUAUUGUGAAGCUUUGAUUUCAUGUACAUAUGUAUACAUAUAGUGGGGAGGGUGUUGCAACCAUGCAAUGUGUACCCCAAAUGAGAAGGCAAAUCAGGGUGAUUCAGGCAGACUCUGUUGUUCUCUAGUUUGAUUUUGCCAUUAACAAGUUGUGUCAAGGCAGAUCAGGGAGUUCUCAUACUGCAAGUAGCUCUGUUACUUUCGUUUUUCCAGAACGUUCAAUACCAUGCACAACAUCUCCUUGCUUGUUUUCUUUUCUCAAAAUCGAAACUAAACUGACUGAGGAAACACCCAGAGCUCAAGAGGGGAGAUGAUGGAGAGGUGGGAGGAUCUUCUGUUUUGAUGGACAAGUCUAGCUUUUAAUCACAAUUUCACUCCCUCAAAAGGAGAGAACAUACAUACAAUUUGUAUGCAAUUCUGCUAGAAAAUAAAACACUUCCUCUUAAAAAACCUCAACAACUUAAAUGUUUCCUGGCAUGAAGUCCACUGGUUAGAUCUGCCUGAACUUUGGCAAGCUUAAGCCACUCUGGAUGAACUCCUUUGCCUGCAAUAUACCCACUUAUGUGAAAAGGGGGGAAAAUACAGCUAUUUUUUAGAUUCCCGUUUAUAGUUAUGGGAAUAAAACAGUUUCAGGUUUAACGGAUCAGAUUCGGCCUGAAUAGCAAAUCAAAUCAGAAUGACACAGAGCAGCUCAAACAGAGGAGGAUGCUUUAGAAUGCUACAGAUACAAAGCCAUUGAUGUGGCUGCGGCACACACUUGCUAUAGUAGAGAGAAAUGUAUAUUGCUUCAGGCUUUAAAGGAAAUUGACAGACUGGGUAAAGGUCUGUAAGGCCUUCUAAAUUAGUGGUACUGUUGUCACAAUUGUUUUUCUUGUCUUCUUGAACUAAAUUGUGUGCAGGCUCAUUUUCUUGAUUGAGGAACAAAAUCCGUGUUAUAAGCCAAAGUCAAGAACUGAAAAGGAGAAUGUGAUACAAUUAAUCCUGAAACACAGAGCUUCAAUCUAACUAGCUGCAUUUGCUGGUGUCAUUGUGCAGCAGGUCAUUCCACUCCACCCUUUUACUUCUGUAGUUCAGAGAACUUUCCAGAAUGACAUACGGUGGCUCAGUUUGCACAUCACAUUAAGUUAAACCAUCGUUUAUUUUAAACUAUAAUGUGAAUGAGCAGAAUUCCCAGGGCACUUCUCACCUGCUGCUGCUGUGCCACUGACAAAACAAUCCAGAGCCUAGCUUGUCAUGUCUUCUGAAUAUGGGCUCAUGGUUUGUUUCCUCCAAACAAAACACAAGUGGUAACCCAAGGUUUAUUUUUAGGUUACUACAUGUGUUUUGUUUGAAAGAAACAACCUCAGACUUGAGUUCAGAGGAUACAAAAAGGCAGGAUCUUGAUUGUUUUGUCUGCAGCACAGCUAUGGAGAAAGACUGCUGCAGGAAUUUUUUAUCACUAUGCACCGGUGCAAUGCUUGUUCACAUUACAGUUUAAAGUCUUUGUUUAUAUUACGAUUUUCCUUUCAUCAAGUCAGAGUUGUGACAAAGCCUCAGAAUUCAUUCUCUGUGUGUAUCUACCCCUUUCCACUGCCUUUUACUUUAUUUAUUAUUCCCCCCCAAGCCCAUAAUGCUGAACGCGCAUAAAUUGCAGGCUUACUGUACAAUGUAAUAUGUUAAUCAGCAUGCAUGCCUAUUACACAUCUGCAGACACACUUUGGAGGCUGUAAUUACCACAUGAGUUCAGCGUUUUCUCUGCCCUCAGAUUGAUCAUUUUGUUUUCUAUACAAGUUUAAUAAUAAUAAUAAUAAUAAUAAUAAUAAUAAAUUUUAUUUACAUCCCUCUCUCCCCAGCCGAAGCUGGGCUCAGAGCGGCUAACAGCAGUAAAGAUGUUAGAAUCCUUUCAGUGUUCCAUCUUUUCUGCCAAGCUUGACAUUGCGUACCUUGAAUGAGAACAGGAUUGCUUUAUUGUUGAAAAAACAUUAGAUAAUUAUCUUUGUUCUGACAUCUUGUCCCAGUCUGCACUACGACAUCUAAAAGUUCAUUAAAAGAUGCUAAUAAUAGUCAGUGCCCACUGAUUUCCGUUUCGUUUCAGUAUUGGCAAUUGUACACCUCUAAGCCACUCUCCUUCUUUCUAGUUUUCUACUUUCCUGUGUGCUUUAUCUCAGGGGUGGACAAAUGGAACCUGCCCACCCUCCAUAUGUCAUUUUGAUAGGUGGGUGGACGUCCAACCUGUCAAUCACCUGAUGCCAUAGGAUGUCAGGUGAUUCAAACUUCCAGCUUCAAGCAGAAUCUUAUCUCCAGUCUUUGUGCUGUUGUCCAAUAGUGUUAAGAUCGGAGAUAAUUUAAUUUAUUAUUAAAUUUAUUAUAUUUCUGUGCUGCUUUUUACUCACACAUCACAAAGUGGCUUACAUACAAUAAAUAGCAAUAACAUAAUAGAACAUCACAAUUAAAACAUAAAUCAUAUAAAAUAAUUAACAAAUCAUGAGUAAAAGCAACCAUCUUCUAUAAAAUGCUAUUAACAAAACAACUUUAAAAAUAGACACAAGCACAACCACAAGAUAAAAAAAAUGUAUCUGCACUUUGACAAUUUACUAUAAAAAGCAGGCAAAGGUUUAUCUUCAAUCUUAGUACUAAGCAUCACAGUGUUAGGAUCUAGGCCUGGAGAUAACAAAUCUUGCUAUUUGAUGUCAUAUACCAAUUGACUGACAGUUGGGUGUGGUUUGUCUAAAACGGCCUUGCAGGCCACAUUCAGGGGCCUGGCAAGCCUAGUUAAGCCCAUGGGCCAGCAGUUCUUCACUGCUGUUAACAGUAUUUCUACCAAAUUCUGCCUCCUGCCAACCUAGCAGUUUGAAAGCACGUCAAAGUGCAAGUAGAUAAAUAGGUACUGCUCCAGCGGGAAGGUAAACGGCGUUUCUGUGUGCUGCUCUGGUUCUCCAGAAGCAGCUUAGUCAUGCUGGCCACAUGACCCGGAAGCUGUACACUGGCUCCCUCGGCCAGUAAAGCGAGAUGUGUGCCGCAACCCCAGAGUCAUUCGCGACUGGACCUAACAGUCAGGGGUCCCUUUACCUUACCAAAUUCUGCCGCUUUGGUUACCUGAGGUACCUGAUGACUUGCAGAAGAUAUUUUGCAAUAUUAAAAUGGAAAUAAUGGAAUGUAAUAUACAUGGCAAUCUUUUAUUACAUUUCAGUGGAUAUAUCUAAAGACUGCUUUCUCCUGUAUAGUCAUUAUUUAAACUUCAGACUCUUGUUUUUCUUACAAAUGUGCUCUAAAUCAGAAGAGCAGGUAACGAUUGUAUCUAGUGUAAGGACAAAUGUAUAAUUGACCUAUGCAGACUAUCUGAUUACAUUUGAAUAGUUCCAAUUCAAGUUUUUCAACCUUUUGCUGAAGAUAAUGAGAGAGCACUAAAGAGAAAGGAUAAAAGUAGUAUUUACUGCUUAAGUCUUUUGUUAUGGCGUUUACUGCCCAAACAAGCCUGCCUUUUAAUGUCCCUUUUAAUGUCACUUUUAGAAAUCUGCUCUAUAGUUCCAUUCCAGAGGGCAUUUGCUUUUCCAGAACUUGAUUUUUGAUGUAGCAGCUGUGUGUUUAACUUAAGAAAUAUAUAUUUUAUCUACCAGUUGUGAUGUUUAUAUGUAACAUCCAGGAGCAGGAGCAGUAUGCCAAUGUGCCAUUGGGUAGAGUCUGUUACAUUCAUGUCCUGCUUCUGGAUUUCCUAAAAACAUCUGGUUGGCCAUUGUGGAAAAAAUGAUGCAGGAUUAGAUGGUCCUUUGGGGUCUGACCCAACAGUUCUGCUCUUACGUUUUAGUUUUUUCCUUAGUUUUUGGAUUUUUUUAGUGCUAUAUGGGUUGUGUCCGAAUCAGAGGGUGACUCAAUGAAAUUAAUUGACAUGACUGACUAACUAGGUCCAGUAAUUUCAGUGGGGCUACACUGAGUUGAACAUAGUUGGAUACAACCUUUUGUGCUUAUAAUGUGACCCUGGUAUGCUUUGUUAUCUGCUUCACAGCCAUCAUUAAGAAGCAAUAUAUAAACUUAAAAAUAUCUCUUUCCCCUUUCUAUAGGUCUGGCUGAUGGUAGGCAUUGUACUUUUCCACACUUGCCUGGUAAGACCUUUGUGUACAAUGCAGCAGAAGAUAGAGUGGAACUUUGUGUGGAUGUUGCUGGGCAUUUUCCUGUGGGCGCCGAUGUUGAAGACUUGGUUAAGGAGGCCCUAAGCCAAGUGCGAGCAGAGGCUUCUUCAAGAAGCCGGGAAGCAAGUCCUUCGCAUGGACUCCUAAAGUUAGGUAGCGGUGGCGUAGUUAAAAAGAAGUCAGAGCAACUUCACAAUAUAACAGCGUUUCAAGGGAAAGGCCAUUCAUUAGGAAGUGCAGCUGGUAGCCAAUCACUUCAUCAAAGAGCUAGGGAAGCUCCACUGUUAAGAAAGCAAAGCACAAGCACAGACUUCAGUCCAAGUUCUGCUAAAUCUGAGUCUUCAGUGUACACAGGUGAUUCUGGAAACAGUGAGCUAAUACGGAUAGCUCCUGGAGUAGGAACCAUGAGAGACAGCAGGCAGCUUGAUCCUAAUUUGAUUGAGGCACAACGGAAAAAAUUGCAGGAAAUGGUUUCUUCGAUUCAGGCUUCAAUGGACAGACACAUGCGGGAUCAGAAUACAGAGCAGUCGGCGACACAAGACUUCUCUCAAAGGAAACUGGAAGCCGCAAGUUCAUCUAUUAAAACAAGGAGCCCUCAGACUGGUUUGUCUGAAUCCUUUUCUUUAUCAAGUGGCAGCGGACAUCUGAAUGCAGAAACAACUGACAGUAAUAUGUCAAAUGCAGUGGGAACAACAUUCUCCACAAGAUCAAAGGCACAGAAGGGAAAUUCUGUGGAAGAGCCUGAAGAGAUGGAUAGUCAAGAUGCAGAAAUCACUAAUACAUCUGAGCCAAUGGAUCAUUCAUGAAUAGUUAACAACUGAUAAAAUACAAGAGAUUACUGUGCAAAUGUAAUGUUUGUUGGCUGGGCCACAUAAGAUUAGUAAUUGAAUCUUGUAUGUUUCAAAUAUUAUAUCUUACUCAUUGCAUGAUAGCAAGUGUGUGAUAGACAAUAGCUUUUAAUAUGCCAUUUUGCUGCCCAGGUUAGCUCUCAGUUACCUGUAAAUUAGUUAUUAGAAUAUGCACUGGGAUGAAUAUCUGCUGUAGAUGUGGGUUCUUUUUUUGUAAUUUUAUUUCUGUUAAAGUCUUAAUCCUCCAGCCCAUGUGAAAUCAUUAUGUUUCAAAGAUUAAUAUGUGAAAAGAAAAUCUGACAAAUGUAGUGUGUUGGUUCCAGCAUCAAGAAGCAUUCCCUUAGAUCUGAACACUUUGCUUCCAUUUAGAUUUUCAGGUUUCUCAAAAACCCACGUAUAUUUAUUGAGAUCUCUUUAAAAGUUGUACAUUUAAAGAAUGAUAGGGCAAAGUGCUAUAUAGUAUAAGAUGAAUCUAAAGCAAAGGUGAUGCAGCAAUGCAUGGCGGACUGAGCCAGCACAGCUUUUUCAUUGCCCUGUUGGCUAGUGAUUGCAUGUUUAAUUUUGAGCUGGUAAAGUACCAUCGUGUGCUUUACAUUGCAAAGGCAGUAGUAUGCAAGUAUUUUAAGAAACUGCAGCAGGCUAAUAAGGAAUUGCUUUUUGUGCAGGAAGAUUUUGAAAAAUAACAGUUGGUUAUCAGUGCUGGCUAUUAACACUUUCUAAGCAUGUUGGAUUAAUGGAAUUUAACAGAAGUUUCAUCAGAUUUUCAGCGAUAUAGUAACGGUUUCUUUUUGACUUCCUGAAAUGGGAAAUCCUUAGUGUUUCACUUUUAUGCAAGUCUUCAUGCAUCACUUUGAUUAAACUGUCAUCCACUUAAACAGCAUAUUCAUCAGAUCUACAGUGCUAUUUUUUACUAAGCAGCCAUAGUAUUUGCUCCGUAAAGAUAGAAUAUUUAUCUUGAUACUGAUGUUGCACUUUUGCCUCUUUGCUUAUUUCUAUUUUAUGUGCAUUAUUACUGCUUCAUCUAAUGAAAAUAAACUUGAAACAGUAAACGACUUAUAAUACAGAAGAGAUACUGAAAAGAAAUCUGAAGUGCUUAGCUAUUGAAGCCAGUGUUUACUCAACAUGCAAGUUUUACCUGGUCCACAAAUACUAAGUUUGUAUUAAUGUUUAUAUUCUGAAAAUAUGCUCACACUUUCUGCAGUUAUAAUCACACAGGAAACCUCUAAGCAAUGCUAUGAUAAAAUGUCCCAAGUAAGGGAAGGUUUAUUUUUUAUAUGGGAAAUUAACCGAAGGUAAAACUGCCUUGGUUCAUUCAACUAUAUUAAUCCAUUCAAACACCCUUUUUGCUUUUCUCAUUCAGGGACUAAAUCUUUUGUUAUUUCAUGCACUGCUUAUAUAUAAAACAUACAAAUACAACUUUCAUAAAUAAAUGAUUUCAAAUAUAUAGUUUUGCUGCUUAAUUUGGUCAAGAAAUGAAAUAUGUGAUGUAAAUAGGGAAUUCUAAAAUUGAUCAUGCCACACAGAACAGGAUGCUUGAGGCAGAAUAUAAAAAACCACUGUAACUUCUAACAAACGCACAACCAGACUUGUGGCCAUGGCCCAAACUGUUUUCCAUUUGCAAGGGAUUGUGCAGGGGUGGGUGAUAUUGGACUUUCUGGCACAGCAAUAUCCCAUGCCCCAGUUUAAAAGGUAGCUUUUAAUAUAUUAUGAGAUGGCUUGUGAGACAAACCAGAAUGUAACUACUCUUUCUCUGACCAUAUGGAUAUCUGCACUGGAUAUCUAAAUCCUGAAAAUUCAGUUAACAUCUCUGGCUUCUAUCACAUAAGCUUGGGAAUUCCAGUAUUUUUGGAAAUAUUUUUGUGGGGGAUUUAUAGCACAGAGCUACGGUUCCCAGGAUUCUUUGGAUGAGAAUCAUGGCCACUGUUAGCUUAAAAUUGGCUUGGAUUAUAGGGUUGAUAAACAGCCUGGUGGUUUGAUAUUUUUCUUCUUAGCUUGGAAAUACUUCGGUGGUUUUUCAUUGUGUGCAAAGGAGGAUAAUUGUCAACAUCCUUUACGCAAAAUGCAUGUAUAAAUGAGCAAGAGCUGUAAAGUUGGGAAGGCAUGGGUGAUUUUAUAAUUUAAUGUGGUGUGAACUAAGAGUUAAGUACAUCUUUUCUGUUCCUUGUAGAAAUCCUUUCUCUUGAGGAAUUGUGUUAUGACUCUUCAUUUUUCCCUACUCAGAAAAUAAAAAUACAAAGUUAUUCACUUUGUAUUCUUGCCCUUGUGUGAUGUGUUGAAAAGAUGUUUGCAAUGCUCUGUUUGUAAAAUGAAAAUAGUAAAGGAUUAGGACAGGGCUGAGAAACCUGUGACCUUCUAGAUGCCAUUCAACUUAAUCCACCCCAGCCAGCAUGGCCAAUAUUCAUGGAAGGCCACAGGUUUUCCCAUCCUGGCUUAGGAGUGUUAUGGAAAAAAUAUGCUGUAGCUGUAAGUAUGUUGGGGAAGCAUUAGCAUUUAAUUUUUUAUGUUGCAAGUGUGCAAUGUAGACUUAUCUCCAUCAAAGUUAAUGGGAUUAAUGUGCACAAAUAAAUGGUGGUCUCAUUCACUUUGAUGACACAUAGUUGCCACUAACGUGAUAUAUUUCACUUAGUGAGCUUAAGCACAUGUAACUAGUUACAGGAUUGCAGCUUCAGCAAGUGAUUGAGAGUCCUCUAUAAAAUGAAUUUAUGGAAAAUCUCAGAUGUGGCAAGGGGAUGCCUGAAGUGCAUUUCCUUUAUACAUUUCAAAAUUCUGUCUCUUAUUAUUCACCAACCGUCCGGCUUUCUGAUGUGUGUGGGUCUAAAAUUUGACAGUUGAAAGGCCAUGGUUUUCUUUCAAACACUGUUAAGUCGGUCAAAAGAGCUUGUUCUUGAACAGCAAAUUUAAUGUAUAUAUAAAAAUAUGAAUGGGAAGUGGGAAUACAGUAGUAGCACAGCAGCACCAAUACACUGGUUUACUUAGGAGGGAGUAAAUUCUGUACAAUCAGAGAAGAAAAAUGAAGAAAGUGCAUUCUAGAAAUUUCUGGAAUUGCUGCAUACUGAUUUGCUUUCCAUUAGUAGUAUUUUAGUGGGUAUACAAGGUGCACUUACUACAUUACUGUUCUAUAUUUUUCUCGAGAGUCAACCCUUGGAUAUUUCAGCUUUAAAAACUUACCGUAAUUAUUUCACAACUGAAAAAAUGGCUUGCUCACUUAAUUUCACUUUUGAAUGUUUGUUGUAGUAGACUUCUACCCAGCUAAAAAUAAAGUAGCAAGGUGUAACAAAGUUUCUGAUUUUUAAAAAUAAUAUUUGAUCUUUCCCCUUCUUUGCCUAUAUAAUGUGUUCCUCUCAUUUAGCUUUAAAUAAUCUACAUUUUCAGUUGAAAUUGACUUGUUAUAGGGGCAGUAUUUAGUUGCUGUGUUUAUGGUCCAGACAUGACGUCUAUUCUCUGCUUUAGUAAAGAUCACAAUAGACCAUUGCUGCAGCUGUAUACUAACUGUUAUAGAAAGGAUGUAUUUUCCAAAACCAAAAUGGCUUUUUUCUGAAGGGACAAAUUUGAGUAUAUCUGCAUAGUGGAGGACUUUGAUGACUGCUCUUCCCUGUGCCCAUGCAACCCACCUAGAUUUCAUAUAAGCCCAAUGUGUGUGAAUUAUCCCCGAUUUCCACCAAUUCUAGUGGAACUCAAUUAUGUGUAUGCUUAGAAUUCAGAUCUAAGCUACUUUUUCUUUGGGUCAGUUUGACAUGCUGGAUGCUAAUCAGACUGUCACAACCUCAGUUUGGGGACUGACAUUCCAGCAAAAAGCUUUGUUCAAUAUAUACUUGUGAAUAUCCCAUAGUAUUUUAAAGUGUUGCAUUUAAAAUACUUUAAGGCAGCAUUCCAACUUUGCCCCUAUGAUUGUAGUAAAGUUAAAAGACUGAACAGUGAUUCGUAUUUUUAGAUUUUAUUUUAAUGAAGGUUAUUGCCAGGAAGAGAAAUAGUGCACUUUUGGAAGUAAUUGAGUAAAAAAAAAUGUAUAAAUAAGCAUUAGUACUGUAUAUAUUUAGGAAACCUUUGAAAACAGCAAGUGCUUUACAAAUUGAAUACAAUUAGAAUAGCAAAGAUACCAUGUUCACAAUGCUGGCUGUUCAGCACACUCAGAUUUUAUUUGUGAUUGCUGUACUAAUUUGUUUUUUUUUAUUAUCUGUAUUGUAUCAAUAGUGUAUUAUAACAGUGUACUAUAUUACACUUUAUUGUACAGUAUUUGGGAUUUUCUUUGAUUGCUAUAUUAAAAACAUAAGCUAAACAACUUU